GUUGCUACGAUGGUUCGAUCAGAUUGUUUGAAAGACGUUUCUUCAGCUUUGAAUUUCAAACUACCAAAGACCAGCCGACCAGCGCAGCAGGGCAUGGACGGAGGCGCCCACCUUUUGCUUGGGAUCUACGUCUACCUAACCAGUAACCACCACCAGCCCACCACUAUCACCAAAUGCUCACUCUCUUUCUUCGAUCUCAGCUAACUAACCUGCGCCACGUGAUCACCUCUUCCUCUCGCCAGAGCUUUUGAGAGGUAGCUGACUCUUUUUAUUCUUUUUUCCUUCCAACUCUGGGUUCUCGUUUCCCCUCGUCAUUUUUUGUCAAUAUAAUUCCUCUCCCAUUCUUCCGAGAUUCCUGCAUUUCUCUCUUUAGUUCUUGGUCGGAACAUACGAGGCGACAACCAUCUUCGAUUUCAGGUCUCUUUAAGUGCCUUUGCACAUCAUGGCUACGGGACAGCUAUUCUCCCGAACUACCCAAGCAUUGUUCUACAACUACAAGCAACUUCCCAUCCAACGAAUGCUUGAUUUUGACUUUCUUUGCGGACGGGAAACACCUUCUGUUGCUGGGAUUAUUAACCCGGGGUCCGAAGGAUUCCAGAAACUCUUUUUUGGUCAAGAGGAAAUUGCCAUAUCUGUACAUUCAACUGUUGAAGCAGCUUGUGCCGCACAUCCAACUGCUGAUGUAUUUAUCAAUUAUGCAUCUUUUAGAAGUGCUGCUACUUCCUCCAUGGCUGCUUUGAAACAGCCAACCAUUAGAGUUGUCGCUAUAAUAGCUGAAGGUGUUCCAGAGGCAGAUACCAAGCAGUUGAUUGCAUAUGCAAGGGCAAAUAAUAAGGUUGUUAUUGGUCCGGCCACCGUAGGAGGUAUUCAAGCUGGGGCCUUUAAGAUUGGAGACACUGCUGGAACUAUUGACAAUAUAAUUCAGAGCAAGCUUUACCGUCCUGGAUCUGUUGGAUUUGUGUCAAAAUCGGGUGGCAUGUCUAAUGAAAUGUACAACACAAUUGCACGUGUAACAGAUGGAAUAUAUGAAGGUAUUGCAAUCGGAGGAGAUGUGUUCCCAGGCUCAACCCUCUCGGAUCAUGUCCUACGGUUUAACAACAUCCCACAGGUCAAAAUGAUGGUUGUACUAGGGGAACUUGGUGGGCGUGAUGAGUACUCCCUGGUUGACGCCUUAAAACAGGGGAAGGUCAACAAACCAGUGGUCGCCUGGGUUAGUGGGACCUGUGCAAGGCUCUUCAAGUCAGAAGUGCAAUUUGGUCAUGCUGGUGCCAAAAGUGGAGGUGAGAUGGAGUCAGCACAAGCAAAAAAUGAAGCAUUAGGGGAAGCAGGAGCUGUUGUCCCCACUUCGUAUGAAGCAUUUGAGGCUGUGAUUAAAGAGACAUUUGAGAAACUUGCUGAAGAGGGGAAGAUUGCACCAGUGAAAGAAGUUAAACCCCCUCAGAUUCCUGAAGAUCUCAACACUGCAAUUAAAAGUGGGAAAGUUCGGGCUCCUACUCAUAUUAUCUCUACCAUAUCUGAUGACAGAGGUGAGGAGCCAUGUUAUGCUGGUGUGCCAAUGUCUUCCAUUGUUGAACAGGGUUAUGGUGUGGGUGAUGUAAUCUCUCUUUUGUGGUUCAAACGCAGUCUUCCCCGUUACUGCACACAAUUUAUUGAGAUAUGUAUCAUGUUAUGUGCGGAUCAUGGCCCUUGUGUCUCUGGUGCUCACAACACAAUAGUUACAGCUAGGGCUGGAAAGGAUUUAGUUUCCAGUCUUGUCUCCGGGUUGCUGACCAUUGGUCCUCGAUUUGGUGGUGCCAUUGAUGAUGCUGCUCGAUACUUCAAGGAUGCUUAUGACAGGGGUCUUUCACCUUAUGAGUUUGUGGAAGGCAUGAAAAAGAAGGGCAUUCGUGUACCGGGAAUUGGACACAGAAUCAAGAGGGGAGACAACAGAGACCAAAGAGUAGAGCUACUGCAAAAGUUUGCACGCUCACAUUUUCCUGCUGUAAAGUACAUGGAAUAUGCUGUUCAAGUAGAAACCUACACCCUGUCAAAGGCAAAUAACCUGGUUCUGAAUGUCGAUGGUGCGAUUGGAUCCCUUUUCUUGGAUCUUCUUGCUGGCAGUGGAAUGUUCACCAAGCAGGAGAUUGAUGAAAUCAUUGAAAUUGGAUAUCUGAAUGGACUUUUUGUGUUGGCACGCUCUAUUGGUCUCAUUGGGCAUACCUUUGACCAGAAGAGAUUGAAGCAACCUCUCUACCGUCACCCAUGGGAGGAUGUUCUCUACACCAAGUGAUCAGUUUUCUGAUGGCAAAGCUAAGGCAUCAGAGCGUUCAACAAAUCUUCUUUUUUCAGUUUUGUCUUCUGCAAUAUUUCUUUGGGUGAUUGUCGAAAGCUGGAGGCUUUAGACGGGUGUGCACACCCAUCGUUUAUUAGGUCUAUAAAUUCUAAAUGUUAUUGAUGUAUUUCGGUUCCUCGUAGAAUGAUAGAAUUAGGGGUUUUCUGUGGAGCUGUCAAUUAAAGGGAGGAGUAUAAUAAUUGGGGAUAAGGAGACUGAAAAAGAAAGGAAAGAAGAGGAAAGCCAAAAAGCUCAAGCUCUUGUGAAGAAAAUUCUUUCCUUUUUUCCGGCAAGCUGAGUGAAUUGGUUGAUCAACUUUUGUAAAACAUUGAGAAGGUUGAAGGCAACGUCAACAAUGGUUUAUGAUCUACACAGGUGACAGGACAACCCUUGCAGCACUUCAGGUGAUGCCUGUUGUAGUUAUAUUCGAGAUCAGUGGCAGAAGGAUGUGCUAUUCUGAACUUGAACUGCUACACUUCCCUGAUUAUAAUUGCGUUGUGGUUAUUGCCAACUGAUUACAAAAGCUCAUUAAUUUUUCAGGCCAUUUGGAAGGAGAGAUGGGUAUAAAUUUCCAUGAAGAUAAGUUGGUUAUAACCUGUUUAGACCAAUACAUUAUGGCGAAAGGGUUAUUAAUCUAUGAAGCUAGUUGUUCCAUGUGGAAGGAUGAUGUUGUAAUUUUAAGCAUUAGAUAUCUAUGAAAUGAUCUAGAUUACUAAUGUUCCAAA